AAGUAAUAAUAAUAUUGGCCUUUGCCUUCACACAAUUACGUCACUAACUGGACUACAGCUACGAAAUGCAAGACGAUCUUAGUUAUGGCAUCAAUUAUUUUAAAUGCUCUCAUUGUAAUUUUAACAUCGGGUGGAACGACAGUGGCUUCAGCUGUCCUCAGCCCACCCAGAAAUGUCCGUCUAACUUCCAUGAACAUGAAUUUGGUGCUGAGGUGGGAUUCGCCUGAGGGGCUAACCGGUGACAUUUCCUACACCACAGAAUGCAAUACCUCUGUCCGAAUAUGUCAUGUAGGUUGUGUCAACAUCUCAACCCUUGAAUGUGACUUCAGCAGCCUGAACACCUUCCUCAGUGUGUAUGGAAGGUAUAAAGCCAGAGUACGGGCACAGCGAGGGGAAAACCACUCUUCUUGGGUGGAAAGUAAACCGAUUACCUUGGAAAGUGAUAGCCAAAAAGGCCGUAUAGGACUCCUUCAGCUGGACGACAUCCCUUACCGUUGGUGUCCACCAGCGGGUUUGGGGAUUGCCGCCAUGACGGGGAACAAGCACCUUACAGCCACAGCUCCAAUCAGCUGCUUCAAAGAUGGUCUUGGAGGCAGCAGCUUCAGCAGGGAAGCCCAAACAUCGCUCUCCUCAGCUACUUCUCUCCUUAUUUUCUUUUUCUGUUUAGCUAUGAUUGGUUCACCCAAUGUGUCACUCAUUUCCAAUGGGGCUACAAUUGGAAUUUCAGUUAAAGAUCCAACAUUUGCAAUCUCAGACCUCAGGAGUGUCUAUGGUACUGCCACCUACAACAUCACCUACUGGAAAGAUGGCCAAAAUGAAAAGGCAAAACACAUCAGCAGUGUACUGCAAAAUCAAAUAUUUCUCAAUGACCUGGACCCCGGGACGAAGUAUUGUGUCCAGGUUCAAAUCAUUGCAGAAAGCAACACCAAGCCUAGCAAUCCGAGCAGUACAGUUUGUGAGAGCACCACCAAUGUGAGUGAACACCUGCCUCCGCCACAGAAAGUCGACUUCAUUACCUUGAACACCAAUUACACACUUAAGUGGGAAUGGAACAGGGCUACUUCAAAGAGUCAAGCUGUUUCUUUCUCUGUACAAUAUAUGUCACAUUUCACUGAAGAGGGUGCCAGGGUCAACAGAAAAAGCGGGAAAUACAAGCUAGAAUCCAAGAAAAGGUACUACUGGUCUAAUGCCUGUGACAAGACGUUUUCCAAGUCAUGUGACCUUACUGCACAUAACCUGCACUAUUUGGGCUUCUACAUGUUGCGUGUGCGCACCAAUGACAACUCCAGUCACUCAGAAUGGGUGCAGAAAGAAUUUUGUCCUGAGAAGCAUGCUGCAAUUGGUCCACCAUCCAAAGUGGAACUGGCUGUUGCUGUAAACAACAUUGAUGUUUUUAUUUCCGAUCCAUUGACCAGUUCAAACCGCUCCAUGAGGCAGAAUCUUAAAAAGUUGCACUACUACAUUGUGUAUUGGGAACAUAAUGUUGACAAGCAGGUACUACAACCCCAAAUCAUACACACAAGUGCUCAGAUGGUAACUUUGCCAGACUUGAACUAUUGGACAUUGUACUGUGUUCGGGUCCAGUCAUGUUCUGACCAUCCCGAUAAGAGGAGCAAAUUUAACUUACCAUAUUGCAUUCAGACUGAUGGCCAUACACCUUGGUGGCAAACUGUUAUGUACUUCUUAGGCUCUUUGCUGAUGGCGUGUACAGUUGUGCUGCUCGUCUUGUAUAUUCUCUUUAGGUGUUACAGCAUUUUCAAGGCAACGUUCUAUCCCUUGAUCCAGCUUCCAUCAUUUUUCCAUAAGUAUCCUUAUGACUACUUUGGAUCUGAUAUUCCGUGUCUCUUGUCCAUGGAAUCUGAAGCUGAACUCUUUUGUGAUAGAGUCACUAUAUGUGAAAAGGCAAUAGAUCAUUCCUCAAAAGUUCCACCGAUGUCGUCCUUAGGUCUGGAGCCAGCGAGUGGGUCAAGUGGUCUGUACAGCCAUCAGGACAUGAGGAGAAACGAAGACUCUGGGGUUUACUCCACAGAAGGCAGCGAAUGCCAACACCAAAAGUUAAACAGCAGUCAAUCCUCCUUGGUGGCCUGCCAAGGCCCUGAUCUAGAUUCUGUGAAAAUGCAUGACAAAAGGCACCAAAUUCAAUGUGGGAUUACAGUUGAAGAUUUUGUAGACGGGCUUUCCUGAAGCUAUAAAGAAACUCUGAGGUGAAACAAAACUGAUUUCCCAACCAUGUCAUGGCGUGUCAUGUCAAAAUGUGUUCAUACAGUUUGGGAGGGUUUCCUUUACUGACAUUAAGGCGUGUUUUUAUUAUUUGUGGGUUUCCUUUACUGACAUUAAGGUGUGUUUAUUAUUUGUGGAAUUAUGUUUGUCUAGUUCUUGUCACAUCAAGGGCAGAAUUUCAGGUCUCUUAAAAAAAAUCAUUAAUUAAUUCACUCGUUCAUUCAUUGUCAUCUGCUUAUCCACUCGUGUUGCAGCACUACCAGGAGACCCUGAAACGUUACUAGACCAACCUGGAGAGAAAGACUCUCCAGCGUGACCAGGGAUGUGCCUGGGACACCUCACCAGAUGGCUGGCUUGGGCACAUCUUGAUAAGAUGCCAAGGCCACCUCAUCUGCCUGCACUAAGCAUGAACAGCGCAUCAACUCUGAGUCAAAGUCUGCUUUAUUGUCAACUUCUUCACAUGCCGAGACACACAAAUAAAUCGAAAUUACGUUCCCACUACCCCACGGUGACAAGACAUAGUACACAACAUACAUACAAGUAAACAACACAAAAAAAUAAAAACAAGAAGGCACAAAUAAACAAAUAACAUAAUAAAUAAGAGGAGCAAAAAUGGAGCAAGUGUGCAUACAGCAGACAGUCAGAAUAUAGCGCAAAAGUACAGGACCCAACGCAGAAGGGGGGAGAGACUUCAGGAUCCUAACAGCCUGGAGUAUGAAGCUGUUGGUGAGUCUGAUGGUACGGGAGCGCAGGCUCCUGUACCUCUUCCCAGAGGGCAGAAGAUCAAACAAAGAGUGAGCAGGGUGACUCACAUCACUCACAAUCGUGGUCGCCUUGCGGGUGAGAUGGGAGGUGUAAAUGUCCUUCAGGCAGGGGAGUGAAGCACCAAUAAUCUUACCAGCCGUGUUCACUUCAUGUUGUAUUCAGUGCAGCUACCACCCCAAACAGCGAUACAACUGGAGAGGACGCUCUCAAUGGUGCCACGGUAGAAUGUAGUCAUGACGGACGGAGGAGCACUUGCUCGCCUGAGUUUCCGCAGGAAGUACAGGCGGCGCUGAGCUUUCUUCGCCAGUGAUGCGGUGUUGGUGUACCAGGAUCCUCACUGAUGUGCACCCCCAGGAACCUGGUGCUGCUCACUCCACCACAGCACCGUCGAUGGUCAGCAGCAGCUGUUGGGUGUGACCCUUCCGGAAGUCUCCUUGGUCUUGUUGACGUUCAGCAGGAGGUUGUUGUCCCUGCACCACGUGGUCAGAAGGUCAACCUCCAACCUAUAUUGAGUCUCGUCGCCCUUGGUGAUGAGACCCACCAAAGUCGUGUCGUCAGCAAAUUUCACUAUGCGGUUGUUGCUGUAGGUUGCAGUGCAGUCAUGCGUCAGCAGGGUGAAGAGCAGCGGACUGAGCACGCAGCCUUGGGGUGGCCCCCGUGUUCAGCGUGAUGCUGGCGGAGAUUUUGUCGCCAACACGUACUGUGCUGACGGAGGAAGUCCAGUAGCCAGUUGCAGAGGUAGGUACUGAGGCCCAACUUGUCGAGUUUGCAGAUGAGUCGUUGUGGCACAAUGGUGUUGAAGGCAGAACUGAAGUCCACAAACAGCAAUCUCACAUACGAGUCCCUUCUCUCCAGGUGGGUGAGGGCUGAGUGGAGGCCCUCUCGGAUGACCGACCCUCUCACCCUAUCUCCAAUGGGUGGCCCUCAUUUUAUCUGUGACCUUGUUUUUUAGUCACAACCCACAGCUUGUGGCCAUAGGUGAGUGUAGAAAUGUUACUCAAUUGGUAAAUCGAGAGCUUUGCCUAUAGGCUCAGCUCCUUCACCAAGACAGACCAAUAUAUAGUCUAUAUAUACAAGAUUCACCAAUUAGAAUCGGUGAUGUCCAUUCUUCCCUCACUUGUGAACUCCUCUUUGGGCAGGAUCUGAUCCCCAACCUGUUAAGAGCACUCCAACCUUUUCUGACUGAAGACCAUGGUCUGUUGUAAAAUUUCAACGUAUAGAAGUCUCGGGCCUUCUUCCUUGCAUCAACCAUUACCUGUGGCCAACUUCUUUAACGCGUGUUCGUUUUUUCUUCUAAGGGCAAAGAUAUCCACACAAAUCAGACUCAGGUCAGGUUAGUUCAAUUUCAACUGAGUAUAUUAAGUCUGCAUUCAGGAAAAGGCUAUACGGCGCCGGGCAUUCUCCCCCAGACAUGGAAGGACCGCGCCCCACACAACAACUCAUGCAUUUUUAUACACGUCACUUGGUUUUGUGGCAAGAGAUGGAGACUGUUAGUCUCGUCCUUUUUUGGAUAUCUUAAAGUCAAGUUCUCCCCUCACCCAAACGGGCUGCUCCAUCUUGUCCAAUCCUUGUUUGGAUGUUUUUAAAAUCCAGUUCUCCCCUCACGCAGAGGGCAUUGUCCCAUCCUUGGCAGCGCUUGAACUUUUGCUGAUGUCAAUUUGUGUAAACAGUCAUUUGUUCAUCUCCUCGGUCCUAGUGAACUGUCUUGUGCGACGAUGAAUUCAACACAAUAUUAAUCCUGGCUAAUGUUUUGUUGCUAUGUUAUUUUCCAUGCCAACAGUUGGUCUCUGUCCACAUUUCCAUUCUCCAUGCUUCAGAAUAACACAUUUACAAAACAUCUUGCCUAUUGAACAUGUUUUUCUUGCUGGUGUCUAAUGUUCAAAGUCAAAGUCUGCUUUAUUGUCAACGUCUUCACAUGCCGAGACACACAAAGAGAUCGAAAUUACAUUUUCUCUAUCCCACGGUGACAAGACAUAUUACACGAUAGACAUACAAGUAAACGACGCAAUAUAAAAAACAAGAAGGCACAAACAAUAAAUAAUAAGAGUAAUAAUAAAUAAUAAAUAAACGGAUAACACAAGAAACAACAGCCAGUGUGCAUACAGACAGUAAAAGUACAUGACGCUACGCAGAACGGGGAAGCGAGUUCAGGAUCCUGAUAGCCUGGAGUAUGAAGCUGUUUGAGAGUCUGGUGGUGCGGGAGCGCAGGCUUCUGUACCUCUUCCCAGAGGGCAGAAGCUCGAACAAAGAGUGAGCGGGGUGACUCACAUCACUCACAAUCGUGGUCGCCUUGCGGGUUAGAUGGGAGGUGUAAAUGUCCUUCAAGGAGGGGAACGAAGCACCAACAAUCUUACCAGCCGUGUUCACUAUGCGCUGCAGGGCCUUCAAGUUGUAGUCAGUGCAGCCCCCACCCCAAACAGCAAUACAGCUGGAGAGGACGCUCUCAAUGGUGCAGCGGUAAAAUGUAGUCAUGACGGCUGGAGGAGCGCUCGCUCGCCUGAGUUUCCGCAGGAAGUACAGGCGGCGCUGGGCUUUCUUUGUCAGUGAUGCGGUGUUGGUGGACCAGGAGAGAUCCUCACUGAUGUGCACCCCCAGGAACUUGGCGCUGCUCACUCUCUCCACCACAGCACCGUCGAUGGUCAGCGCCAGGUGUUGGGUGUGACCCUUCCGGAAGUCCACAACAAUCUCCUUGGUCUUGUCGACGUUCAGCAGGAGGUUGUUGUCCCUGCACCACGUGGUCAGAAGGUCAACCUCCAGCCUGUAUUGAGUCUCGUCUCCCUUCGUGAUGAGACCCACCAGAGUCGUGUCGUCAGCAAACUUCACUAUACGGUUGUAGGUUGCAGUGCAGUCAUGCGUCAGGAGGGUGAAGAGCAGCGGACUGAGCACACAGCCUUGGGAGGCCCCCGUGCUCAGCGUGAUGCUGGCGGAGAUUUUGUCGCCAACACGUACUACCUGUGGCCUCUGACAGAGGAAGUCCAGUAGCCAGUUGCAGAGGUAGGUACUGAGGCCCAGCGCGUCAAGUUUGCCGAUGAGGCGUUGUGGCACAAUGGUGUUGAAGGCAGAACUGAAGUCCACAAACAGCAAUCUCACAUACGAGUCCCUUCUCUCCAGGUGGGUAAGGGCCGAGUGGAGGGCAGAGCAGAUGGCAUCCUCAGAGGACCGUUUGGCUCGGUACGCAAACUGAAAGGGGUCAAUGGUGGGGGGGAGAACUGAUCGGAUGUGCUCCAUGACAAGCCGCUCAAAUCACUUCAUGAUGAUGGGCGUAAGUGCCACGGGGCGGUAGUCAUUGAAGCAGGACGGAGCGGGUUUCUUCGGCACAGGUACGAUGGUAGAAGCUUUGAAACACGACGGGACGAUGGCCUGCUGCAGGGAAGUGUUAAAGAUGUCUGUGAAGACAUCCGUCAGCUCACCAGCGCAGUCCUUCAGCGCUCAACCCGGGAUGUUGUCAGGGCCCGCCGCCUUACGGAUGUUGAUAGCGGCAAGCGCCCUCCUCACGCUGUCGGCGGAGAGGCGCAGGGGCAGCUCGUGUGAAGGGGGAGUGGCCUUCAGCGGGCAAGUGCUGUUCUAAGCGUCGAAGCGAGCAAAGAAGCGGUUGAGGUCAUUGAGCAGACGGACGUCGCCUUCACAGCUCUGCGGCGCGGGCUUGUAAUCCGUGAUGUUCUGAAUGCCCUGCCAAAGGCUCCGUGCGUCCCUGCUGUCCUUGAAGUGGGCGGUAAUUUUGCACGAGAACGCCCUCUUUGCAUCUUUGAUGCCCCGGGACAGGUCAGCCCUCGCAGUCCUCAAGCCAGCCUCAUCCCCCACUCUAAAGGCUUUGUCCCUGGCCCUCAGCAGCUUGAAGACAGCCCCCGUCAGCCAUGGCUUCCGGUUAGCCCGAGUGACGAUGGAUUUUGAGUGAGUCACAUCAUCAAUGCACUUCCUGAUGUAGAAGGAAACAGAGUCCGUAUACUCCUCAAUGUCUGUCCGAUCGUCGCAAGUGGCAGCCCUCCUAAACAUGUCCCAGUCAGUAGAGCCAAAGCAGUCACGCAAUGCAUCAGAGGCACCCUCAGGCCACACCCGUACCUGCUUGCGAACUGGCCUGGACGCUCUCACCAUUUGUCUGUAUGCGGGCAAAAGCAUAACAGUGAUAUGGUCAGAAAGUCCAAGAUAGAGGAGGUGGCCGGGUUUGUAAGCUCCUUUAUGCGAAGAGUAGACCAGGUCCAGGAAGCUGUCGCCACGCGUAGGAAAAUUAACAUGCUGGUGAAGCCUCGGAAAAACAGACUUCAGGUUAGCAUGAUUAAAAUCCCCAGCAAAGACUGUGAAACCGUCAGGGUGCGCUGUCUCUUGUUCACUGACAGCCUGGUACAGUUCACUAAGAGCCGUGAUCCUGUCGCCUUCAAUGUUGGAAGGCGGGAUGUAAACCCCGACGAGCAGAAUCGCGGUAAAUUCCCUUGGCAGGUAAAAAGGACGGCACUUAAUGAUCACGAACUCCACCAGUGGCGAGCAGUGCUUGCAUACCACUACAGAGUCCCGGCACCAUUCGUCACGGAUGUAGACGCAUAUUCCACCUCCACGAGAUUUUCCCCCUUGUACAAUGGCCCGGUCCGCCCGAUAGCACGCUAGCCGCUCCAGACGUACAGCAGAGUCCGGAAUGUUGACAGUCAAUCAAGUCUCAGUGAACACGAGUACACAGCAGUCCCGCACUGUCCGGUUUGUAGAUCGCAGCAAGCGAAUGUAAUCCAUUUUGUUGUCUAGCGAUCGAACAUUCGCCAGAAGGAUGGAAGGCACGGGUUGGCCGCCAGCCUGGCCCGGACGCCCCCGCGUUUGCCCCUCUUCAGCCUCCUCGCACACCGCUUUCGACGCUUCCCAACCGGGGGAGGAAUAGCAGACGAGCCCGGCGACGCUUCAGGACGUAGCAGUCCGAGCUCCUUUAAUGUUCCCGCAUCAAAGUCCAGAACUCGACAAAACACGAACAAAAAAAACUGCCGGACAAACACUCAUUAGACGGACAAAACGCCGUUUGGGCGGGACAGAGAGAGGUCGCUGCGUAUGCACGCGCCGCCAUCUUGAAAAAAAAAGUUUGUACUUAUGUCCCGUGUAUAUGCAUACUUCUGAAUACUUAUUAAUUACUUAGUUUAACUUAUUAACUUAAGCUAAAUCAGACAUUUAGUUGAAUCCAGACCUUCAGGCCUCAUAUUUAUUGUUUUGAUUUUCAUGUCAGCCACUUCAUAUUUGGCUGCGAACAGCUCCUGUGAGAGUUGAAUAUCAUGGCUUGAUGAACCCAACAGAACUCAUCUCCCGCAAAAAGCGAGGACGUAAUACUGACGUCACUAAAGUAGACUCCCAAAACUGAGGUCACUAAAGUAGACCCCCAAAACCCUCGUCUGCAUCUGUAAAUUGCAAUCAUGAAGUUAAUGAACCAAAUCAAUGCAAACAAAUCCAACAUACUGUGUUGCAGUACAUCUCACAGAACUCCUCAAGGAGACGGUCAAACGAUGGGCAGUGAACACCCAUGUACUUCAGAACUGUGCUAAGGGUGUAGGAAGAAUGGUCAAGAAGAAAUUCACAUUUCACCGAAUCAGAGUUUCAAGAUCUUGAUGGAGCCUCUCCACCAGAAUGAAGAUGAUAAUGAUGAUAGAACUUUAUUUAUCCCACGCCAGGGAAAUUUACUUGUCACAGCAGCGCAUACGAGUGCAAGAAAACAAGUGUCAAAAUAUCAAAAAGGAUAAAUAACAGAUAAAAGACAAGUGCCGCUAGUAGAGACGAAACAAUUUUUAUCAGGUGCCACGCAUGAUGGAGCAGCAGAGGAUAGACUGGAUAUGAUGGCAGUGUAGAAGGUUUUAGGAAGGAAAUUAGUUAAAUUUUGCACAUUAUAAAUUAUAAAAUCCCUUGUCACAGCAGCGCAUAUGAGUGCAAGAAUAAUAUGAGUGCAAGAAUAAAACAAGUGCCAGAAUUACAAAAAAGGGUAAAUAACAGACAAGGACAAACACAAGUGCUGCUAGUAGAGACGAAACAUAUUCAUUUUAUCAGGUGGCAUGCAUGUUGUAAAGUCUGACAGCAGAGGGAAUGAAGGACCCGCGGAACCGUUCUGUCCUACACCGUGGGUGUAAUAGUCUGCUGCUAAAGGAGCUGUUCAAGGACCGCACAAUGUCAUGGAGGGGGUGAGAGGUGUUGUCCAUGAUGGAUUUCAGCUUAAUCAACGUCCUCCUCUCACCCACAACCUCAAUGGAGUCCAGGGGACAGCCCAGCACAGAGCUCUCCUGACCAUCUUAUUCAGUCUCCCCCUGUCCCGGUCCGUACUACCCCCAUCCCAGCAGACCACAGCGUAGAGCAGGGGUCACCAACCUUUCUUAAACCAAGAGCUACUUCCUGGGUACUGAUUAAGGCAAAGGCCGACCUGUUUGAAACACUCUUCUGAAAUAGCCAAUUUGCUCAAUUUGGCUUUCACUAUGUUACUAUUGUCAUUUCCAAUUCAAGUGUGAUUUUAACAAGAAUAGCAAAAAUACAGUCAAACUUUGGUUUUUGACCACAAUCCGUUCCAGAAGGCGGUUCGAGAAGCGAAUUGGUUGAAUUCCAAAUCUAUUUUUCCCAUUACAAACAAUGGCCAUUUUUUUAAUCCGUUUCAAGACGAAAAAAAAACCCGCCUUUUAUAAAAAAAAAUUCAUUUGCGCAUAUUUGUCCGAUCGCGGGACUGCAGCGCACCGCCGAACGCGCAACCGUAGCGCGUCGCCCACCGUGCAACUGCACCGUGCUGCUCGCAUCAUUGUGACAGAGCCGUCCUGAUGUACUUUCCAAAAUUUAAGUGGACCUAAGUGGACAGGGAGCUUAAUUUGGUCCUAUCGCGCAACUGCAGCGCACUCUGUGCUGCAACUUUUUUUUUACUAACUAAUUACAUUUUGGAAGUAAUUUGGCCAACACUGAUGAACACCGAUUGAUGUUUGUCUUUAGAAAGAAAAUGAACUAUAUAUCAUACAAUGAUACUUUUCAAGGGCAAGCAUGGAAAAUAAGCAGUCUAUGGAACCAUAUGCCGUAUGUGUACAGUACAUGUUUUGUAGUACAGUAACCCCUCGUUUAUCGCAGAUAAUUGGUUCUAAGACCACCCGCAAUAGGUGAAAAUCCGCAAUGUAGAGAAACUAUAUUGUUAAGAUAUCCAUAAAAGACUUUAUGAACCUUUAUUGUAUUUUUAAGCAAUAAAUUAUUAUUUUAUUAUACUUUUAAAUGUUUUUUAGUAUUUUAAGCACUUUUGUAAACAUUUUAAAGUCAAACUGAUUAUUUCGUAAACAUUCAUUGUUUAAAUAAAUAAGAAAAAGAAAAUAAAUGAGUAAUUAUAUUGUUACAAUAUCCGCACAAGACCUUUAUGAACCUUUAUUGUAGUUUUUUUUACACUUUAUUGUUUUUUAAACACUUUUUUGUAUUUUUAAACACUGUACAAUUUUUAAACUCAAGCUGACUUUCAAAAACAUUCUUAUUUAUUUAAAUGAAUAAGAAAAUAAAUAAGAGUAAAUAUAUUGUUAAAAUAUCCACAGAAGAUUUUUAUGAACCUUUUUUGAAGUGUAAACAUGUCUGGCUCCUCUCUGCUCUUGCAUGCUGGCCGACUGACGCGCCCCAACAGCCCAGCCGAGCGCAUCCGCGCAAGACUUUUAUCAUUUUUAUAUACCGUAUUUUUCGCACCAAAAGGCGCACUGGAUUAUAAGGCGCACACUCAAUGUUUUUUUUAUUUUAGAAAUUAUUUCAUAUAUAGGGUGCACCGGAUUAAAAAGCGCAUAAAAUAGAAGCUAUACUGCAACAAACUGAGGUUGACUAGGGUUGCGGUAUGCAUCCACUAGCCAAUAACCUAUGAGCCCUCUGUAAACAAUCGCGUUUCUCAAACAAUCUCCUAUAAAAUGAUCAGAACUGACUACGUAAAGUUCGAUCUAACACUGGUACUGCUUACCUAUGUUUCCCUUUCAUAUCAAUCCGUAAAUUUACUCAAAACAUUAACAGAGCAGCCUAUUUUGACAUGAAAUAGCCUUGUGCGUAUACCAGCUAUUAUUAUAGCAUUAGCCACCCGCAAACUCCCAUGAGCCUCAGCUCGCAGACCCCCAUGAGCCUCAGCAAAGUGUAAACAAUCGCAUUUCUCAAACGAUCUCCUAUAAAAUGAUCGGAACUGACUAAAGUUCGAUCGAACACAUUGGUACUGCUUAUCUAUGUUUCCCUUCCAUAUCAAUCUGUAAAUUUACUCGAAACAUAAACGGAGCAGCUUAUUUUAAAAUGAAAUAGCCUUGCGGGUACAACAGCUAUUCGGUGACGCCCCCUGACUACAGUUGCCGUAAUGUUGGGAAGCGAUGCGACCUUGUAAUAUACUAGUCGUACUAAAACGUACUGAAACAUUUUGGCAGAGCACUGUGUACAACCAGUAUAGAUCAACAAAUUCAUCAAUUGAUCCAUAUAUAAGGCGCCCUGCAUUAUAAGGCGCACUGUGUUUUUUUGAGUAAAAUGUAAGUUUUUAAGUGCGCCUAAUAGUGCGGAAAAUACGGUACUCUAUUGUACUUUUGAUUUUAAAUAUGUCAUUGUAUUUUAAACAUUUUUUUAAACAUUUUAGUGUAAAGGUGCCACGGCUUCGUAGCGAGGGAUUACUGUACAUGCAUUGUCAGUUGCGGCUCCAAUUAACAGCCCCAAAACAUUACUGCUCUAGAGGAGAUCUGCAUGGAGGAAUGGGCCAAAAUACCAGCAACAGCGUGUGAAAGACUUGUGAAGACUUACAGAAAACUUUGACCUCUGUCAUUCCCAACAAAGGGUGUAUAACAAAGUAUUAAUAUGAACUUUUAAACUAAAUAUGAACUAACCCUAACCGUAACCAAAUACUUAUUUUCCACCAUAAUUUGCAAAUAAAUUUCUUAAAAAUCA